GACACUGUACUAUCUGUCAGAGUCUGUCCUCUUCCCCUCUGUGUCUGUUUCUCUUAGUUUGUCAACAACUGCCACUCUAGUCGCAUUGUAGACCAGUCCUACAGUGUAGUGAAUAGUGUACCGCUUCCUCUGCCUACCAACAACCGACUUUGCUUCAGCCUCCCUCAGGCUUGCCUGGGACCAACUACCUCCUCCUAAAGCAGUGAUUUCCUCUCAGCCUACCUCGCCAGAAUGCUUCCCCGUACCCUCUCCGUCCUCCUGCUCUGCCUCAGCCUCUCCUCUGGGAUGUGCGCUAGUCUGGUGAGGGAGAAAAUCCCUGAGGAGGACAUUCCCACACUGGAAACUCCGGUGGAGGUGGAGACCGCGAUGGCAGAUAUUCCGGUGGCUGGGACACCAGUAAUGGCAGAACCUAACGACACCCCCGCUGCUGGACCCCUCGUGGCUGUCGAGUCCAUCGCGGAGGCCGUCGUUGCUCACGAAGAUCAUCCCGAAGAGCCAAAUGUAGGCUCCCCUGACUCUGACGCUCUGGCGGCUAUGACCGUGGAAGGAAAAUCUGCACACAUGGAGGAGCUGAAGGCCAACACGCCAACCAUGGAAGACACAGCUGAUGUGGAUCUGAAGAGCAUGGUCAAGGAGACGCUUAGGGCAGAAGCCAUGAUCCAAGAGUUAUCCGAUCAGCCGGAGGAGCAGGAAGGACUCACUGAAGACGUUGAGAUUCAACAAGCCAUUUUGAGAGAGUCUGCAGACCAGGAUUCCUCAGAAGAGCCUGGCACAAAAGCUCCAGCCACGCCGACAGUGCCUGGUGGCGACACCCAGACAGAGGACUCCGGCUGGGGCUUGGCUUCCAUCAGAGACAGCCUCCAGGCUACUAACGGAUACUUCGACUCACUGGUGGAACUGAUGGGGGGACCCAACGGAGUGUGUCAGUAUGUGUGUAAAUACGGUGAGACACCUGUUCAUCGCCAAGGUUACACAACCACAGAGCCAAACGGAUGUGCCUCGGACGUCAUAGGAUUCCAGGUACCUGAUAUCUUUGACCUGGGCAUCCCGGCCAUGACCCAGUGCUGUAACCAGCUGGACAGCUGCUAUGACACCUGUGGCUCCAUCAAACACCACUGCGACACUCAGUACCGCUGGUGUCUCCAUGCCAUCUGCUCUGACCUGAAGAAGAGCCUGGGCUUCGUGUCAAAGGUCAAAGCCUGCGAGUCUGUAGCAGAUACCCUGUACAGCACAGUGUGGACGCUGGGCUGCAGAUCCUUCAUGAACAGCCAAAGGGAAGCCUGUUACUGUGAGGGGGAAGACAGGGACGAGCUGUGAGUAUCCUGGGACCCAAAACAACACAACCCAGAAACAAGACACCCAUGGGACCCAAAACAACACAACCCAGUACAAGAAUUCCGUGGGACCCAAAACACAACCCAGAAACAAGACACCCAUGGGACCCAAAACAACACAACCCAGUACAAGAAUUCCGUGGGACCCAAAACACAACCCAUUACAAGACAACCCUGGGACCCAAAAACAACACAACCCAGUACAAGUCAACCCUGGGACCCAAAAACAGCACAACCCAGUACAAGUCAACCCUGGGACCCAAAAACAGCACAACCCAGUACAAGUCAACCCUGGGACCCAAAAACAGCACAACCCAGUACAAGUCAACCCUGGGACCCAAAAACAGCACAACCCAGUACAACACAACAAUGGGAACCCAGUACAACACAACAAUGGGACCCAAAACCAUCAUUCACCUUUGGGGAGGUGAAAGAUAUGCUGAAUAUUAUCCAGACACUCCUGGUAGGACAAUGGAAGUUUAACAGGACAAACAAACCUGAAAAUGUACUUUACAUGGUGGACUCCAGUUUGCCUCCUUUGUGAAUUAUUAUAAAACGAUGAUUGUAAUGUUUAUGCAGUGUUUUUUAUUUAUAAUAUCCAUCCUGUCCACACGUCUUGUGUGAACCAUAGCUUGGGGUGGCCUUCUUUGUGUUCAUGUUUUUGUACAGUCUCCAAAACCGUUCUGUGAGUUAAUUUUACUGUUGGAAAAAGAGCUGAAAUGUAAAUGCCGCAAUGCAGUUUUGUUCAUAUUGAGCCCAUUAUAUUGAG